AUGGGCAACAAACUGAGCUCCUGCGGACCUCUAAUCAAAAAAUCAUACAGAUACGAUGACGUUGCGGGACCAUUUCAAAGCUCGUCGAGAAGAAGAGAUGGUCAUCUUCUUAGAUUAUGGGCUGAAGUAUUUCACGUGAGUGCUAAAGGAGAAGAAAUAAAAUGGCAACAAAUAUCCGAAGAUCUCGUUCCUGUAAAUAUCACGUGCUUACAAGAUGGACCAGAGUAUAUUUUCCAUAUUACUGCUUACAACAGUCAAGUGGAAAAAAUCAUGGAUAUCCGCUUGGUUCAACCAGGCACAAAAAUAGGGUUAGCUUCAGAAUGUUUUGCGUAUUGGAAAGAACCACAUAGCAAUGACACCUGGGGCUUAAAUUUCACAUCACCAAUAGACGCUAAACAAUUUAAAGAAUGUUGUACUCCAACUGUGAAAUUGUCUCGGAAAUCAUCUUCAUCGUAUUCCUUAAAAUUAGAUACAUCGAAAAGGCAAAGUACGAAAGUAAGAAAGAAACCGCUAUCGACACCAACUUCACCUAGUAGAUCAAGGGAGCCACAAUGUACUUGCAUGACAGCUGAUCAAUUUAAUAGGCUCAGGGCACAAGAUCCGAGAUACAAUAAAGAACGAUCUUCUACGUUACCGCGUUCUCACACUCGACAAAAUCCACUUGGAGAUGGACCUUCGGAAGCUGAUAAAACAUCAGUGCCUGAAGAUACGUCCAAACAGACCAUAUCCCGAAGCUCAAAUACGAGAGACAGAGAAACUGCCACGCCCGGUGGAAAAUUAAAUAUCACCGGAACUGGGUCACAAACAGAACAGGGUCAACAAGAAAGUUGUAAAAGUGAAGGAGUGCAAACAAUCGGUGCUAAGACUACGUCUACCACGGGCACAUGCACUCCAAGAAUGCCUUCCAAGGACUAUUCUGAAGGGUACGUGGAGUCAGAUUUAUUUAAAUCAGCAACAACAUCAAAAAAUUCAAGAAAUCAAAACAAAACAUAUAGAGAUGAUUACCGUAGAGACAAUGUGGGGUCAAUGAAACGCACAUUAAAACCAAUGCCAUCAUUAGAAAGUCCUGCUACUUCACCAGAAAUGAAUCGAAGACGUGGAUAUAGCUAUUACACUCAGCCACCACCAGUUUCUACAAUGAUACCCCCUAUGCCACAAUGUUCAAGACAACAAUCAUUAUCAGAACCAGAGUCAAAUGUAAAACAUAGAAAUCCACGAUUUAAUAAUUCAGGUUCCCGCUCAUCAUAUGACAUAGGUCGAAAUGGUCAAGUAAGAGAUCCAAGAGGCCUUUAUUUGGAAUUGGAUAGAAAUGGACGGCCUACUCAUGGUGGAGAUGUUUCACCACUUUCCGAUAACGUUAUGUUUGAUAACCAGUGUUAUGCAACGACACCUAGCUCGAGCAACGGACGUUAUCAAAAACACGAUAAUCAAGCUACAAGUACUCCAGGUUCACCAACUAGUCGACUUUUACUGGAAUAUGAGAUGCACUUACGAAAUACUUUAGCACGUGGUAUGGAUGCUGAGAGUUAUAGCUUGCACACAUUUGAAGCACUAUUAACACAGAGUAUGGAAAAUUUAGAAAUGGCAGAAAAGUUGCCUCCAUUAAAUUCAAGAAGUCCGUAUCCUAUGAGAAGGAGACCGAUGAGUGCUGGAGGGAGCUUUAAUAGAUCAUCUACACUUCCACAUCGAAUCGAAAGAUCGUCCAGUGCUACGAGAGAAGGUUAUUAUAGUGAUAGACAAGAUGCAGCAGCAAGAGAAAGAGACAGGGAACGAGGUUACUUAUCUGAUCAUGCACUUUCUAGCAAUAGAUGUGCCAACUGUUGGAACGAAUCAGCUCGAGCCCAAUGGUUUAGACAUAGUGACGGAUGGCGGUGCGGAUCUUCAACCAUGGGGAGUAGUGCAUCGAAUACUGGUGUUCCGUACGGAUCUUUUGACGGACAUCAUGCCCAUCAUCACAUUCCAACAGCGAGGCCUAACAAAAGAUCGGCUUGGGAAUCUUUACCGUCACUUCGGCAUGAAAACAGUGUUAUGACAGAUAACGGAUACAAACCUAAUAGAAAUGAUUUAUUCGAACAAAGGAUGUUUGAACGACAAGAUAGUGCCAGAAUGGAUUAUAUGGCUGAUAGAGAGGCCAGACAUAGCUUUAGCGGAAUUACACAGCAGACUUCUGUCGAAAGUACGGAUUCUCGUCUGUGUUACCUUACAUCGUCAGAGGUGAGUGAAUUUUAA